CGGGAUGGGGAGUGAAUUCCUCCAGAAUUGCCUUCCCUAGCAGCUUGGGUUUGGUUUUCCUUCCUGCGCUUUGCCCUGCUCUCCCAUUGCGAGGAUUUAGGGCAGCCCUUCACCCAGCCGGGACUGGCAGUUCUCUUUGCAGCACUCAGGUCUGCCGGAGCACAGCCUCCCCAACCAGCUCUGGAGAUGACACUGGGGCUGCCGUGUCCUUGGGUGACAAUUUCCUCUCUACCAAGGCACAACCUCUAAAACUGUGCAGUGGUGGCACCUCCGCUGGGCUUACUGCCAGCUGUCAGGGCUGUCCGAGUUGCGUUUCCAUAUACAGUAACCAGCCAGCCUCUUGCUUUCCUCUUUCCUUGUGUUAUCAAAAAAAAAUAUAUCACAAUUUCCCCCUCUUGCCCUGAAGGGAGAUCUUGAUAAAGAUCAGGAACUUGCAGUUCUAGAAAUCAAAGGGAAUAUUAAAGUGAAAUGCCUAACGAAGGACUCCCCAGGCCUGGCGCUCUCUGUGGGGAAGUAAAAGCACAAUUUUCUUACCCACCUCUGCUGCAUUCACCUGGAUGAACCCAGCUGGGAGCAGUUCUCUGCUCUCCAGAGCAAGUUUCUUAAAGUUCUGGUCUUAUGGGAAGGUGUUGCAGCAGCUCAGGCAUUUCCAUCCUUGUAUCCCAACCCCCUGAGGAGGGUUGAGUUUGGGUACAGGUCUGUGGAUGAACCCCAUUGGUAGCUCCAAGAUUAAAACCAGCAUAAAUCACCCAAGGGAGGCUGGAAGUGCAGCCCUUCCUUGAGCUAUCUGCUGCCUUCUGCUGCUGAUCCCAGUGUAAACUUCAGAGGGAAGCUCUGCUUACAGAGUGCCAACUGAAGAUGGAUUGGUACUAUAAAGCUUAUGAGAGGGUGUACUGUGCAGCAGGACAAAUGCUCAGCACAUGGCUGCACGGAGCUGUGGAAGUGGCUGCAACACAGCUUGGUCAUGCAUCACAGCAUCCCCUUUGUCAUCGAUAAAGACCAAAUUAUCCUUAUCUGCACUGGGGUUCUCAAAAGAGAGCCCUCUCUGAGGUUGUUUAUGUUCAAGAUGGGGGGAAAAAUAAUGCUUUAUAUGGGUGGUUGGAUGUGCUUGCACCUUGCUGCCUUCAUCUUGAAGGGCAGCUUCUGGGUUCCUCUGAGCCAAUUUCUAAUUCUCUUACUGGCUCCUCUACCUGUCCAACACCACACUCUCCUGCACUGAGUGGCUGCUGAACAUAAUGACAUGGGAUCAGGUGCUUCCUAGAAUUCAGGACUGCUGUGCCUCAGUUUUCCCCAACCAUUCAGGUCCCACCUGAAGGAUGCUGCUGCACACCUCCUGUGGGAUCCUUGGUUAUCCCAGCAGAAAGCAAACAUCACCUCGGUGUGGGAGCACAUCAGUUCUGCUUCCUGCAAGCUUUACAUCAACAUCUUGCCUUCAGAAGAGUUUAAUGCCAUAUUCUGGGUUUGGUGUGUUUCAUGCUCCCUUUGCUGCCCUUGCUCUGUUUUUUUCUCCUGCUGUGCUGAUGUCUGGCAUGCAGCCUCCAUGUCCUGCCUCUCUUGGGGCUUUUUAUUUGUCCUGCCCUCCGUUCCUACACAUUUUCCACUGAUUUCACUUUCUGCUCCCAUUGCCUCUCUCGCCACCUCUUGCUCCUGUCCAUAAUCAUUACCAUCAUAACCUACUUGAAGUGCUAAAGUCACUCACAUCAGCCCUGCUCCUUCAGCCUGCAAACCACUUCUCUGCCCACACCAGAAAAUAUACCAACAGUGUAUUUUCAAAGAUACUGCCUACAAAAGGCAACAUUGACUGGUUUGCUUCGUCCACCUGCAGCUGGGGGCACAUGGAUUGGAUCUGAGCAAGCUGCCUUGAUGAAUACAGGUGACAAGGGUGAGGAGAAAGCCCAUGCUGUGUUUGGAUGGCCCUUCAGCAUCAGGAGACCUCAGCCAGCCAUUUAAGUGUAAUUUUGGGCUUCGCAUCUCCCUGUCUUGCCGGCAGAGCUGCACUGACUGUCAGAUUCAUCACCAGAAGGUUCAUUGGAGACUAUGACCCAACACUAGAAAUGAUUUACAGACACGUGGCUGUCAUUGACGGGGAGAUGGUGCACUUUGAGAUCCUUGAUACAGCAGGACAGGAGGAAGAUUCCCUGCAGAUAGAGGAGAAGAUCAAGUGGGGCGAUGGCUUUGCAGUGGUCUACUCUGUGACAGACAGGUGCAGCUUUGACGAGGUGAUGCGGUUGUGUUUCCUCAUCAACCACAUCCACUCCAGCCCUAAGCGGAGCAGCGGGAGCGAGCAGCCGCCUGUGGUCAUCGUGGCCAACAAGAAGGACUUGCAGUUUGACAGAAUGGUGUCCACGCAAGAGGGUGAAAAUCUUUCCAAAGCUUUGAAGCUUCCUUUCUAUGAGAUUUCUACUCGGGACAGCUAUGAGGAGACUGUGGCAGUGUUCAAUACCCUCUAUCAAGAGCUCAUGAGGCAGGGGCAUUUUUCCCCAGGCUCCUUCAAGAGGAGGACAGUGUCGAAAGUGAUGGAGAAGAUCCCCAAGAUGCAAGCCAGCUCCACCUUGAACUCAGCAGGCCGGAGUCUCAGCUUUAACUCUUUUAGGGACUACAUCCCUGAGUGAGCAUCCCUGGUGCAGAGGAACAGUACUGAAGGAUGGGGCCUCCUGCUGCUGAGGCACCUGUUGUGUAGUGAGGAGCUGCUUUACUUGGGGUCGAAGAGCAGUAUGUAGAGCAGGAGGGGAAUGUUAAGAGGUGGCAUUAGUGUUCAGCAACCUCUGAAAGCCUGGUCACUACAAACAGGCUUUGGGUCUGCAGGAAGGAUGCUCUUCCUCUGUCCCACCCAUCCUCCUCCUGCUUGAUGUCAGCAACAAAGGUUGUUCCUAUUGACUUCAGAUGUGUUGUGUCAAUGCUUGUGGGUCCCAAUUGGCUGCACUGGGGAUCAGAUCCAGCACCCACACCUCCCUAUGGGAUUUCUGCUUCCCACAGAGAGCUCGCUGGGUCUGUCCCUGUCCCUUCUUCAUGUUCCUGGGCUGGCAGGGAGGGCAUGUUUUAAAGCAGAGAUCUGUUUACAGUAAGGAUAAAAAGUCUGCUAAUCCCUGUGUUUUCUUAAAAGCUAUCUUUUUAACAUCUGAAGCUCCUUGAUAUUCUCUCCUGUAACAUCACUGUAAAUAAAAGCCUGGGCAAGGGGCUGUUUGCUGAGGCUGCCCUUUGUUUGUCAUCUCCAGAGCUGCCAGCCUUUAAGGGGAAGCAAAUUGGAUGGCAUCACUGCUGUGCCCUGCAACAUUAGGCUUAGGUCACACUGCUCCAUCCUGGGGUAAUGUCCUUCCUGAUGCAUGCCCUUGCGCUAGAACUCAGCUCAGUGUGUGUCCUGGACACUCCCAGAGUGCAAGCAGUGGGUGUGGAUACAGAGGAGUGCAAAUGAUUCUUAGUCCCUUAUCUGCAUUGUAACUGCUCCAUCCCUUUAGCUGGAUAAGUUGGCGGGGUUUUUAUUUUGCUCAGUUUGGCUUUGUUAUGGGGCAGCAAAGGAGCCAGGCUUGCAUCUUUUUGCUGCUGCAUCAUCAGUGCCAUCGAGUGUCCGCUUGCUAAGCUGCUUCUGUGCAAUUUCUCUCAGAUGCAGAGCUCUGCUUUGCCACCCCAGGUGAGUUUUUUGGAAGACAUGUGGCGUGCCACUGGUGUGUCUCCUGAGAAGCAACUGUGUGCCACUGUACC